AUGGUGAUAGCAAAGAGCAAAAAAGUUAAGCCUCUAAUGAACAACACAAUAAAAAAUAUGGAUUACAACUGGACACCUGGUCCAGAACCUCCCAAUAAUCAAGAUGUGGGCGUACCAAAAGCAAUCUUCAUUCCACAUUCAAAUUCCUUGCCAUUUGAUGAAAGACGCGUCACAUUGGAACAACCAGUCAAGAUUGGAAGAAACGUAUACCGAGCAACACCGUCAACAACGAACACAAUAUUUGAAUGCAGAGUGCUCUCGCGACAUCAUGCCACCCUUUACUAUGAAAAGGGACACUUUUACCUUGUAGAUAACCAAAGCAGUAAUGGCACGUUCGUGAACAACAACCGGUCCACGUUGACGAAGGAGCCGCACGAGGUGUUUUCGGGGGAUGUGGUCCAGUUCGGCAUUCCCGUCGUAGAGAAUGCUGGUAAUUCGGAAAAAAACACAUUUCCUCCAGUAGUAGCUCUUCUCAAGUUAUAUCACCCAGAUGGCAAAGAAGCGAAAUUGUCAUUUAACCCUACCAUGACUACACCUCUUCAUCUCAAGGAGUUGUAUCAGCUAAAUAACUUUGUACAGGAGGCGAUCCAGCGCGAAGCGUCGCUCGAAAGUCGGCUGCGCACGCUGCGCGAGUGCGUGGAGCGCACGCGCGCGGAGGCGGCCGCGUCGUGGGAGCUGUUCGUGGGCGAGCAGCGGCUGCUGAUGCGCGUGCACACGCUCGAGGCGAUGCUGGCGGCCGGCAAGCACCCCGACGCGCACCACGUCGCCCAGCUGCUCAGCGAUAAGCGCAAUUAUCAGGAAGUGGCACAAGAGAGCCUCCGCACGGCGCACGAGCAGCGCCUGGCGCUGGAGGAGUCGCUGGAGCGGCGCAGUCGCGAGGCGGCCGCGCUGCACCACCACAACUACGCGCUGCGCCUCGCCGCCACCAACGCGCUGCAGGAGCUGCAGAAAUUAGCUGCGCGUUGUGAUCGCAAAAUGUGUGCUGCGCGCCUCGCCAUCGCCGCCGCCGAGGAACGGGAAAUGACGCUGCGGAAACACCUUCCACUUGCUUACACAGUCCAAAAUGGUGAAGCGAAAAUGUUGAUAGUGAGCACCGAUAGUAACAAGCUGCAGGAGGCCAAGCGCAGUGGGUCGCUCGAGGACGCGGUGCGCGCGCUGCCCGACUACAUCAAACUGCUGCUUCCCCAGAAUUUGCUGAACAAGGUGGGCAUCAAAGCAAUAUCUGCCGAAGGAAAGUCAGCGAAGGAGUUCGAAUUAAUAUUGAUGAAAAAUAAUGUGUACAAUUCUGAAGAAAGAGAAAAACAAGAAGCAGAAGACGGUGAUGUAGGCAGCAGCGGAGAGAAGAGCAGUGAAGCUGACCUCUGCACUGACGAUGAAAAGCAUUUGCGGCUUAACCAUGACAACUCUUUACUUACAUUGAAGAAAGAUAACGGUCCCAAUGAAGGUGUGAUUGACGGAGGUCAUGAAGUUGAAUCUUUAAGUCCUCUAGAUGGAGAGCUGCGUCCCGACAACAACGCUAACUCUACAUACAGUGAACCGGACAUGAAAGAGGACUCGCCCAGCAAAGGGAACAUCGAAUACGCGAACAUCCUCCGCGUGAUGGCGGGGCUCAACGAGGAGAUCAGGGCGCUGCGCGAGCGCGUGUCGGCCGCCGCGGCGGAGAACGAGCAGCUGCGCGGCGUGCGCGACGAGCUGCUCGCCGCGCAGGAGGAGUGCAAGCAGCCGCCCGACGCGGACGAUGCGGCCGCCUAUCGUGCUAGGAUUGCAGAUUUGCAGGAGCAACUGUCUCGGUCGACCGUAGCCGAGGAGGCAAACAUCGCGGAGAUACAGCGGCUGGCGUCCAAUGCGGCAGAGAUGCAAGCCGAGCUUGCCUUCCGUCCCACGCGCGCCGACAUCGACGACCUUACCGCUGUCGUGGGCAAGCUGCGUGCUGACCUGCUCGCUAGAGAUCGACUCAUCGAAAGGCUGCAGGCCACAGUCAAUACCACCACCAACACCACCACCUCUAUCACUACUAAAAUCGACCGCGCAAUCGCAACGACACCUUCUCUAGAAGACCUCCGCGAAGACAAGAUCGACGCAAGGCAAAUAUCAGCGGAAAUCGACGAGAUGUUCCAGCUGGACUACGACGAGGAUGAGGAAACCGAUUCCGCCGUCACCGAGAUCAACAAGGACGACACGCAGCCAACCGAGUGCAGUGUCGUCAGCGAGUACGUGCGCCUCGACGACGACGAGCGCCUGCAGGUGACGCAGAACGGCACCCUGCACGUGCUCGUGGAGGAGGAGGAGCUGGUACGCGCCAAGGAGCGCCUGGUGGAGGUGAGCGCCGAGCGCGACCGCCUCGCCGCGCAGCUUGCCGCCACCAAGCACCUGCCCCUCCAACUGUCCUACGUAGCUACCUUCGCAGUGCCAUUCCUCCUCGCCUGGCUUUUCUAUCUACUCCUCCCCUACAUCUCC